AUGACCGCUACGUUUGCCAUCUGCAAGCCCCUGCACUACAGGACCCUGUUAAGCUUUAGAGCUUGUGCCACCAUGGCAGCAGCUGCCUGGGGCACUGGGCUUCUCUAUUCUCUGCUGCACACUGCCAAUACAUUUUCACUGCCUCUGUGUCAAGGCAAUGCUGUGGAUCAGUUCUUCUGUGAAAUCCCCCAGAUCCUCAAGCUCUCCUGCUCAGAUGCCUACCUCCGGGAAGCUGGGCUUAUCAUGGCUUGUAUUCUUGUCUUAUUUGGGUGCUUUGUCUUCACUGUUGUGUCCUAUGUGCAGAUCUUCAGGGCUGUGCUAAAGAUGCCCUCUGAGCAGGGACGGCACAAAGCCUUCUCCAUGUGCCUCCCUCACCUGGCCGUUGUCUCCCUGUUUGCCAGCACUGCCAUGUUUGCAUAUCUGAAGCCCCCCUCUGUCUCCUUCCCAUCCCUGGACCUGGUGGUGUCUGUUCUGUAUUCAGUGGUGCCUCCAACACUGAACCCCCUCAUCUACGGCAUGAGGAACCAGGAGCUCAAGGGUGCCCUCAGGAAGAUACUCCAACAUGCCCUGUUUCGCCAUCAGAAAGAUGUUCAUCAUGCUCUCAAGACUACAAAACAUUUAGGAAAAGCCUGA